UUCCACGCCUUCUUGGAAAUUAGACGCAGAGAGAGGAAGGAGAGAUCCGAAGCUCCAAACUCUCUGAAACUAACCACGAUAUUUUCAGAUCGCCGAACGACGUCGUUGCAGAUCCACGAUCGAGAAUGUCUAAUUUCAGUGGCGAUGAAACGGCACCGUUCUUCGGCUUCCUCGGCGCAGCAGCGGCCCUUGUUUUCUCCUGUAUGGGAGCUGCCUAUGGGACAGCAAAGAGUGGCGUUGGUGUGGCUUCUAUGGGUGUGAUGAGGCCUGAACUGGUGAUGAAGUCCAUUGUUCCAGUUGUUAUGGCUGGAGUUUUGGGUAUCUAUGGCCUUAUUAUUGCUGUUAUUAUCAGUACUGGGAUUAACCCAAAGGCCAAAUCAUAUUACCUGUUUGAUGGUUAUGCACACCUCUCUUCUGGGCUUGCCUGUGGUCUUGCUGGGCUCUCUGCUGGUAUGGCAAUUGGUAUUGUUGGUGAUGCUGGUGUUAGAGCUAAUGCACAGCAGCCAAAACUUUUUGUUGGAAUGAUUCUCAUUCUCAUCUUCGCUGAAGCACUUGCCCUAUAUGGCCUUAUUGUUGGCAUUAUCUUGUCUUCACGAGCUGGACAAUCCAGAGCAGAAUAAGAGUGUUGCCAUGUUGCCGCAGAUUCUUGUUACUUCUGAUUAGUUUUAUUCUGAGGGGGGAUAUGAAUUGUCAGAGAGGUUAGAAAUUGCCAGGUAGCACCUGAGCAAGCUCUGGAAGAAGGAAUUAUUGGAAGUAGGUGCUCUGCUUAAAGUUUGGUGGUACUGUGCUUGUAGAAGUAGGAUUGAGUUUCUGUUGCUAAUAAAAGCUUGCGAACCUGUACUCUCGUUUGGUUUCAUCUAUUGUUGUAUUUUUCCAUAAGAACUUAUAACUGUUAUAGAAUUUAUGGUCAUGGACUGGUGCGUGCGUGUAUGGUUUUGUUAUCCCUAUCAAAUGUUGCUACAUCUGAGUCAA